UUUUUGAUAAGACCAAAUGAUAAGUCAGCAAGAAUUCGUCACUCUUUCCUUCAAAAACAAAAGUGCCAAUUUUUGGACAACCAAACAUUGUUCAAUGGAGAUGAAAUACAAGUCAGCCAUGGAUAGGUAGAUCCAAAGUAGUUGAUCGUUGAAACGUUGAACAGCUUUUUAAUCAACGUUGACAAAAGAAAAAACAAAACUCGAAAACGGGUCAAAAAGGAAGAAAGAGAAUUUGGCAAAAGAAGAAGAAAAACCGUAAAUGGAUCAUCCACAAGUUUUUCGCUUUUCGACUCAAAUCUCUCAUUUGGCUCUCGACAUCGGAGGGACUCUGAUAAAGCUUGUUUAUUUCUCGGCGAAUGGAGACAGUAUCGAGGAGUCACGUGACGGAGGAAGCAUCGUCGUUGGUAAUAACGGUUGCUCCGUUGUGCAAGGGAGGCUUUGUUUCGCCAAGUUUGAGACGAGAAAGAUUGAUGAUUGUUUAGAGUUUAUUCGACUCAAUAUUCUUCAUCAUUCUUCCGGGGUUCAGCAUCCAAAUGGCACAGCCUGUGAUAAACUCUCUGUUAAGGCCACAGGUGGUGGAGCAUUUAAGUUUGCUGAUCUCUUUAAGGAGAAACUUGGAAUCCAUUUUGAUAAAGAAGAUGAGAUGCAUUGUCUUGUUGGGGGUGCAAAUUUUCUCUUAAAGACAGUCCCAAGGGAAGCUUUCACCUACUUGGAUGGGCAAAAGAAGUUUCUCCAGAUCGACCAUAAAGAUUUGUAUCCAUACCUCCUUGUUAAUAUCGGCUCUGGAGUUAGCAUGAUCAAGGUCGAUGGAGAUGGAAAGUAUGAGAGAAUCAGUGGAACAAGCCUUGGUGGAGGCACAUUUUUAGGUCUCGGAAAGCUUUUAACAAAAUGCCAAAGUUUCGACGAGCUUCUCGAGUUAAGUCACCAUGGAAACAACAGAGUGAUCGAUAUGCUUGUGGGAGAUAUCUACGGUGGAACAGAUUACUCAAAAAUUGGUCUCUCCUCAACAGCCAUAGCUUCCAGCUUCGGGAAAGCAAUAUCUGAUGGUAAAGAACUCGAAGAUUAUCAGCCUGAAGAUGUCGCAAGAUCGCUUCUAAGAAUGAUAUCCAAUAACAUCGGUCAGAUUGCUUACUUGAAUGCACUAAGAUUCGGCCUUAAACGCAUAUUCUUUGGUGGAUUUUUCAUCCGUGGUCUCGAGUACACCAUGGACACAAUAUCUGUUGCUGUUCACUUCUGGUCAAGAGGUGAAGCAAAAGCAAUGUUCUUGCGACAUGAAGGGUUUCUUGGAGCUUUAGGCGCAUUCGCUAGCUACAAAGAGCAGAGCCAAGAUAAUAGCGAGAUGAAACCGCAACAUCACACUGUGCAAAGAGCAAUACUAAACUGUUCAGGUGAUAACGUUCGUCACUUCCCAGUAACUGCUAAUUUAAACGAUGGUGAAACCAUAGAAUGUAGCAUCAGUUUAGUUUAGUCAUUGUGUACUUUUAACUUGGUUCAGUAUGUCACACCAGUGUAUUUAUAUGAAAUCAAUGUAGAGAAAAUGUCUUUUAACUAUUAAAGUUAUUAUCGUUCGGGUCAAGAGCUUGCUCAUUAAUAGAGAAACUUGUUGAUACAAGACUUGUUUAUAUAAAGAUGAUUUAUGUAUAUGCUCAAGGA